CCGGGCCGGUCGGGGCCCCGCCGCCUGCCGCCCCGCCCCCGCCCCGCCGAGGCCCGCAGCGGCGGUGCCGCCAGGCGCGUAGGCAGCGCGGGGUGCGCGGCGCGGCGGCGGGGGCUGCGGCAGGGCUUCCCCGAGCGGCCCCUCUCCCCCCGCCGGCGGCGCCGAACAAAGGGCCGGAGCGCGCUCCGCCGCUGCGGGCGAGCGCGGAGCCAGGGGGUGCCGCCGGCCUCCCCCCCACCCCCCUCCCGGGGGAGGCGCCCGGCGCGGCGCGGGGACCGGCCCGCCGGGGAGCCGCCGGGGAUUGGCUCGGCCGGCUGCGAGCCGAAGGUGCUGGGAGAAGCCAUCUGCAGCGCAGGCGAUUUCGCCCGCUGUGCGUGGGGGGGAGGGGGGCUCUCCCUUGCGGGUGGUUUGGGGUUUCUUCUCCCUCCUUUUUAAUCUCUCUCCCUCUUUUUUGGGGGUGUCUUUUUUCCUCUUCUCCUUUUCACGGGAUCAUGGCCACGGCAGCGGGGCCGUGAUGUCCCUGGGAGCAGCCCCGCUGCUGCAAUGCUGCCCGCAGCAGCCGUAGCGAGGGGAGGCGUUUGAACGGCGGCCGGCGGCCGCACACCCUCCCCGCGGCAGCGGCCUCCCCGCCCGCCCAGCGCCGUGCCCCCCUCCCCCGCGAGCAGCAAAUCCGCUGAGCAGGGCUUUAAAUUAAUAAUAAUAAUAAAACCCCACCGACCCAUAAAGGCGAGAGGGAGAGCGGAGCCGCGCACAACAUGGCCACUCUGCUGCGGAAAAUCGGGCUGAUCCGGCUGCACAACCGGGACACGGAGGACCCCAAGCACCACCACCACCACCACCGCAGCAGCAGCCAGCAGGGCUCCUCGCUCAGGGGCAGGGGCAACCAGAAGAACAGCAGCAACAAGCCGCAGCCGCAGGCCCCCCCCGGGGGCGGCGGCGGCUGCAGCAGCAGCAGCAGCAGCGAGAGCAGCCCCGGGGGCCACAAGAACAAGAAGGCGCCGGAGCUCUCCAAGCAGCCCUCGCAGCCGCGCUCGGGCGGCGGCAGGGAGAAGCCGCGGGAGGCGGCCAGGGAACCCGGCGCCGGUAAGGAGGCGGCGCAGCGGCCCGGCCCCGGCCCCGGCUCCGGGUGCGGGUCGGGGCCGGCGCCGCUGGUGCCGCUGCCGUCGGGGUCGGGGCCGCUGGCGCCCGCGGGCCGGCAGCAGCACUGCACGCAGGUGCGGACCCGGCGGCUGAUGAAGGAGCUGCAGGACAUCGCGCGGCUCAGCGACCGCUUCAUCUCGGUGGAGCUGGUGGACGAGAGCCUCUUCGACUGGAACGUGAAGCUACACCAGGUGGACAAGGACUCGGUGCUGUGGCAGGACAUGAAGGAGACCAACACGGAGUACAUCCUGCUCAACCUCACCUUCCCCGACAACUUCCCCUUCUCGCCGCCCUUCAUGAGGGUGCUCAGCCCCCGCCUGGAGAACGGCUACGUCCUGGACGGCGGAGCCAUCUGCAUGGAGCUGCUCACCCCCCGCGGCUGGUCCAGCGCCUACACCGUGGAGGCCGUCAUGAGGCAGUUUGCGGCCAGCUUGGUCAAGGGGCAGGGCCGUAUCUGCAGAAAAGCUGGCAAAUCAAAAAAGUCAUUCAGUCGAAAGGAAGCUGAAGCAACAUUUAAGAGUUUGGUGAAGACCCAUGAAAAAUACGGGUGGGUCACCCCACCCGUGUCUGAUGGCUGAUGUUAGCAACCUGCACUUGACAAAAAUGCUGAACAAAAGUACUGUGACAUCUCCUCAGUGCUGUACACCACCCAUCCUUUUCUACUUCAGCUUCAGUUACAUACCAUGAAUGUCAAGGAGACAUCUAAGUUAUUUAUGAACAGAUGUGUUUACAGAGGGAGAGAAAAAAAAAUGCUGUGUAGGAUUAUAUUUCAAGACUGGAGAAUGCUCAUCAUUGAAGUCACUUGAGCGGAUGCUGAGAUUGCGUCAUUUGCCCCCAUACAGCCCACAUUGUCUUCAGCUUCUUUCCAUGACAGCAGCACCAAACAGCAGUACUGGAAAGUCUAUCCAUUACUGCUCAGUUCAUUUAAAUGUAAAUGAAACAGUUAAUAUUUAAUAGGGAAGCAGUGCAUUGCAGGUACAUGUUUGCUGUGCUGUUUAUCUUUGUCUCCUAGCAGGUCAACAUAACUUGAAGAUUUGUCUUUAUGUGGAACUGUGGUCUGCUGUGACUAAAUUUAGACCUCAUUGUGCUCUAUAUAUGACCUUUAAUUCCUAAAUGAAACCAGAAUUAAAAUGCUGAAAGGUCCUAGUGUUGAAAAAUUAAGUGGAAUCACCCAACCAGUUACAAUGUGCUAUCUAUGCCGAUAUUGUGAUGUGCUGUUCAGAAAUAAACCAGUGCCGUUAGCUGAAGGUUAGGUGGUUUUUUUAAACACAUCUGCACCAGGGCUUGGAGUGGUUGGCUGGUGGUAGCAGAACCAUUAUUACCCUGCCGGUACCUUCUGCAGUAGCAUGUGGCCUGUCAGUUCUUUCAAAUGGCAAAACAAACAAAUGGAAAUGGACAAAGCAACCUUAAAAUGAUCUGCUUCAUUUUAAAAUGAUAUGCCAGUAACAGAGUAAAAGUUUUCAAGUCAAAUGGAACAUGGUUUGUAAGAUGAUUUGCAUGACUGGAAUUUUCUUUUUUAUUUUCACUCAAUAGACAUUGUAUGUACUUAGAGCCCAGUAUCUGAGAAAUCCACUGAUGUAUAUAAAUGUCCUAUUAUUUAAUCGUUAAGAUUUACGUUUUCUGGUAAACAAAUUGAAAAAAAACUUUCCAAGGGACUCCAUAAAAGCUGAAGGUAAUGUUUAGAACGGUAUAAGAAAAGCAUUAAAGAAUGUGGAUUUCCGAAUGGAAAAUCGUAUUGGACACAUGCCGAAUAAAAUCACCAGUAUCGUUUC